UUUUGUUUGUUUUUCACUAUAGUUUAAUUUCUUUGAAUUUUAAAACAAAAACAUACUUCCAUGUUAAAAAGUCCUCCAUCCAAUGCACCAACGAAACACCUGUACACAAGCAACAAGUUCACAAUCCGAAGAAGGGAGAUAAACCUACUCCCAAAGGGAUGGGCAAAUCUAAUAUACAGUAUGAACAAAAAGUUAAAAAAUAAAAAUUAAGGCAGGAGUUAAGUGUUUAAUGCCCUGCAAAAUGAAGGCAAAAAAAAAAAAGGAAAAGAAAAAUUGACACUCUAGGAGGCAGAAAUGUCAGCAGCAGCUCCCAAAUAACCAGGGAGGGAGGGCCCUAAAAGCCAUUUCAAUGGGGAGGAACUGACCAGGGCAGAGUCUCCAUUGUUCCUGGAAUGGGGAGUGCCAAGAUCAUUGUUCUUCGGUCAGCCUUGGUGAUAUUCUAGAGUCUCAACUAAGAAAGGAUGAAGUUGUAUCAGGUUAGGCUGCUUGUGGGACAUUCCGUUUACACCUGUAGGCGUGCAGGUAAGCCACAUUCCCCCAUUAGUUUCCCUAGCAACACAAACAUCUUGUCCGUGUUACAAAAGGAGGAAGAGCCUGGAAACAGAAAAGGGGGGGGGGGAGAGAUUUCUCUUUAUCAAUGGGACAGCUAGACUGACCACCACUCUUGAAAUUCACCUCGCACUGGGGAAUUCUAAACAGUCCUUGGGAGCUAAACGAAGUUUCUCUCCAAAAACAUUCCACUACAGGGAGAGUUUCACAUAACCACCAUCAAAGGUGGCAACAUUUAGGGGCAGGGAGGGUUUAAGUCAUGCUCUUCCAAGAAUUGCUAGCAUCAACUUGUGUGCCCAAAACAAGACCAAAAGAAGGACCCAACGCAAAGGCAAAAGGUAAAAUAGCUGUGCUUCUCCCAUCACCACACCCCCACAAUCUGUAUUCCCAAAGAGUUCCUCUAGCUCUGAUCUGAAAAAAACAAGAAUGAAAUCUCUAGCGUAAAUUCCAACGUUUGUAGAUCUUCCCAGAGGCCUGCCCACAGGGAGAGAACGCUUAGCUUCCGAAACAUGUAAGAUUUGGAGGGUCUGGUUAUUUCAAGCUUCCAUCUUUUUUUGCUCUCUACAAAUAUAUUGCAUCCUUCAAUGUUGUGAUAGGUCCAGAAUGGUAUUCUCCUGGGCAAUUAGAAAAUAAUAAUAAUAAGUACUAGUAAAAAUGUAAAGGAAAAAUAUAUAUAUUAAUAGGGAAACUAGUUCUUUUGAGCUUUGCUCUAGUAUUCAGCUCUAUAUUGCUUUGAACAGCCAGUAAAUAACUCUUGGCCUGCUUUUGCUUUUGUUUAACCUGUUUCAUUACACUCCGAGUUCUCUCCUGGGAAGAAUGUUUCUUCAAAUAUGCUCAAGUGUUGUCUUUUAUGCCUUUGACUCUGGAAUCACCCAAAAUAUUUUAAAGAGGCCAUUUAAAUGUGAAUUCCUCCCACCUGUUCCUUGUCUCAGUCCCCCCCCAAAAAACACAGAAAACUAAGCAAAAGAAAACACCAUCUUUCUUCAACUGUCUGUUUAACGGAAUGAUGGUGUUGAAAACUGAAGAUUGAGAAAGGGGGUCAAGAGCAUUCAACUUUUUCCGCACCACAACUUAUUCCAGAAUCUGUUGAAAUUUUUUCCUUCUUGAGCCAAGCCAAGUGUAAAGGCUCCAGUCACCUUUCUUAUACUCUUAUCUCGUCGUCUUCCUCAUCCAUGAAGGAGAAUUCCUUUUCCGGCUGUUUAGCAGCGUCCUGCCUCGUAUGCUCUGGAACGCCCUGGUUCUGUCCCCUGGAGACUAAAGUACGUUGUUCCUCUCCCACAGAGGUGCCGCUCGAGAUGGAGCUGCUGUCCAUUGUCAGGCGGCUGGUAAUGCUGCGGGCAGAUCCAGGGCUGUAGGUUGCUGCUCUGUUGUCAUCCGACUGAACCAAGGAAUCCUGGGGGAGCUUGCUUUCCUGGCCAAGCCAGUGGCCUGUCAAUGCCUCCGCAGGGCCUGCCUCCCUCUGGGGGUCUUCUGCACCAUGAUAACCAGAAUCCUCUUGCUCCCAUGGGUCCUUAUCCAUGAUGCUCAAGACAUCCCCCAACAUGGAGGGCCCCAGGUCAAUAUGGAAAGACAUGAUGGACUCUGCGUGCUUCAUGCCGUAGCUGCCCUUGGGCACUACCAAGGGCAGGUCCGUUAUGUCACCAAAGGCCCGCUCUUCCAAGCCAGGACUGUGGGGCCCAGAGCUAAGAGCGGCUGCCGCACCGUUCAUGUGCUUUUCUUCAGGGGUCUUCUCCUCAGGGGCUUUCUUGACAGGGCUGGAGGAAAGGCUCUUGGGCAGUUGCUUCCCACCACUCCUGUCCGUCUCCUUCUCAGUAAGCUGAGGGAGGGAGACGGCAUUCUUCACAAAAAUGGCAGAGUCCCUCAGAGAGCCCAGCAUAUCCCGCCGGUCGCCCCGGGUGACGGACUGAGACCGCUUGCUGCUGCGGAACUUGCGUGACAGCAGGCCUGGUUUGGAUGAGGAACUUGUCUCCUCAGCGGCUUCCUGUUCCCCCUCCCCAGCCUUGCUGUUGAGGAAGGAGGUAUCCCCAAAAGCAUCACCAGCUCGUCCCACGUGCAUGGUGUGGCGGAAGUCGCCAAGGGGAGCGCUGAUCAUCUCUGCCGUCAGGUCGGCCCGAGAGCGGCGUUUGGAGUUGGCGGAAUUUGUCACCAGCUGCUUCAAAAUAGGCAUUUUGGCAACAAGCGUGAGAGCUCUUUUGCACAGGAGUCAGGGUGGUGGGGCCGGUGAGGUCCUGUUCAGUUGUGGGUGGAGCAGAUUGUACUCCUGCAGCCUCACAGGUAGGCCUCAAGCCUCUUGAUGGUCUUCAAACAGUCCAAGCCUAAAACACAGACAUAAGAAAGGAAGAGAGAGUUAGGUCUCCUCAAGACAACAGAGGUGCUGUUUGCUCUGUUCCUUUAAUGGGGGCAUGAGAGGGCACCAUCUGCGGUGGGGCUCUCCAUACAACCUGCGAAACGCUUCCUCAGGUAAUGCCUAAACCCCUCUCCAACCCUGUCCUGUUCCCUCCUCAAGUACUUUUACCUAGUUGGUGUGUUUGUAUAGAAACCUCUGACUUUGGGGUGGCUGGAAUGUAAUGUACUGCACAAAGGUAAGCAGUGUUAGGUGCCAAAUGGCUCCUUAAACCAAGGUUACAGUCGCCCAAAAUGGAAUGUCUGGUUGCCAUUUUGGGGCAAGAGGUUCUCAAGUCUUUAUUUUUCAAAUGAUGGACUGACUGUGAUUUGAUUCUCAGCUAAGUAUCUGGCUCAUUCAGAGGACAACCUGGAGAUAGAUUAAGAACUUUGAGAAUGUAAAAGAAGGAAAGUCAUUUGAUCCAGGGACAGCCCACAUAUAUAUUGGCCCAUUCUGACCUCUUUUUCUUAAUGGUGGCAUGGACCAUUCAUAACAUUAUGUAUAUUCUUCACAACUAUAAGCAGGGCACUGGGAAGACAAGCUACAACAAUUAACAUUGUACGCUGCUCCUGCUCAGGCUACACAGACAAAGCAUUUUGGUUCCUGAAAUUAAAUCUGAUUGUGCAGAUAAGACAUAAGUGAUAGAAUGACAGGGUGUGGUAUUAGUCAUGAUCCAAUGAUCCCCAGGCAUGCACCUCCAGAUGGUGAAGAUGUCAUGCGCCAGCCAUCCUGGCGCCCAGGCAUCUUCACUUGGUCGCAAGAGACUGAUAGCCAGGUGCAAAAUGCGCCUGGCUAAUUUCAAACGCUGAAGGUAAGAACCACCUCUGUUGCUCCACCCACCUUUGCCUGUAGCCCUGCCCACCCCUGGCACGUAGCCCUGGGACGUUACUCGCAAGGGAAUGUGGCCCUUGAAAAAUGCUCCCCAGCUCCACCUUCCCCUUCAACAUACACCAGGGGUUAAAUGUUCAAGUACAGUGCUACGUGCUGCCAUGCUCCCUGUCGCAUGGGAGGCACAGGGUAAUUGUUCCUACAAGACUAUUCUCUGCCCUGCGUGGUGGCUUUAUUCAAUGGAAUGGGGGACAACCAUGAGAUGAGCACUUCUAAUUUCACCAAAAAAAGCAGCUGCACUGAGGGCGGCUCCGCUAGAUGCAAACCAGAAAAGGGCAGUUGUGCUGGAAAGCUCUAGGGGAGGGAGUUACGUGAAAAUAGCUCAGUGGGGUAGGAAAGCAUGGUUCAAAACAGGGGCAUCAGAAGAUGACUCUCCCCUUCCCCCCACGCUUGCAGAAAUCUUCUCCCUUCACUUUUGAUUUACUGCUCCGAGGCAGUUUUGCAUGCUCAGUGGAGCAGCCAUCAUAGGCAGGGAAAGGAAUGAGGCAGUAAUGAAUGCCUGUCUGCUCCUAGAGAACAUAGCUGAGGCGCAUGUUUGCAAUAAACUAAGGAAUAUUUGAGACAGGCACCGCCAACCCCUGCUCUCUCAGAAGCAUAGCUUACACGAGGUGGAGUGCUGUUCUUCACCCAUCUUCGCCCGUUCCCACUCCAGAUAAAGCCCUGCUCAUUUGACUGCAGAGCCUCCUGACAGAUAUAUAUCUGAAACAGAGGUCAGUGACCCCUUAGAGCGUUCCUCACAUCAGGAGAUUUGGCAUUAGUACAGAUCAGGGGUCAGCAAACUUUUUCAGCAGGGGGCUGGUCCACUGUCCCUCAGACCUUGUGGGGGGCCGGACUAUAUUUUGGGGGAAAUGAACAAAUUCCUAUGCCCCACAAAUAACCCAGAGAUGCAUUUUAAAUAAAAGCACGUGUUUUACUCAUGUAAAAACACCAGGCAGGCCCCCAAAAUAACCCAGAGAUGCAUUUUAAAUAAAAGGACACAUUCUACUCAUGUAAAAACAUGCUGAUUCCCUAGACCGUCUACAGGCCGGAUUUAGGAGGCGAUUGAGCCUGAUCUGGCCUCUGGGCCUUAGUUUGCCUACCCAUGGUAUAGAUGCUAACUUCUUGGGGACCUUGAGCAAAGCAGAACUAUUGUUGCCCACAAUACACACUUCCUACAAAUACACACAUUCCUCCCCAUGUUUUGUUUCUGUCCUGCUCUGUGGUCAAACUGGUUUCUACAGGUUACCUUUAAGCAGUGCCCGGGGAGGAGGGGAGAGAGCUGAAAUGGUUGCCAGCAACACAACCAACACUGCCGCAAUCGAUGCCGAUCAGCUGGUUGCUCUGGGCACCUACUGGUCAGUGCCAAUGCCUAGUACCUAGUAAAAUGUUCUCCAUGCACCAUGCCUAGAGCAAUACAAGGGUUUGUUGUGGGGUGUUGUUGUUUUUAAAAAAAGGUUAUAUGAGUGUGCCAUAUGAAUGUAGAACUAUUCACUUUUUGUGUGUGGUCAUUAAAGGGAAGCAAAUCCACACUGGCUUCCUAUUGCCACAAAGAGUUACUUCACCAAUUGAACAAUGAUUUCUUGUUUGAUUAAUUUUUAAAAUUCAAUUUCUUUGAAACGUAUGCACUCCCGCAACUCAAAUAUUCUCUUCCUUCUUGGGGUGAGGGGGGAGGUGUGUGUGUGUUUGUAAGGUGGUAGAAAGUUCCCUUUGGCAAUGAAACAGACUAGAAGGGAAAUUCUAGCACUGAUUAUAUGGAUCCUUUGGCUUGUAGGGAAAGCAGCUAUAAUUAAGAAAGGCUUUUCUCCUUGCAGGUGUCCCCCACGCCAGUUCAAUGUAUUGACAGCAUGCUACUGAUACUGGAGAAGCGUUGGUACCCCACUAGCAAGAAAUCGCCCCACUUGUUCAACAAAAGUGAUCUACAUGCAGCUGCAGGUAUCAAUGAAAAGCCAGCAUAUUAAAACAGCCAUGUUUUCAAAAGGUGGUGGGGUGCACAUUCAGAUAGAAAUAGAAAGGGGAAAAAAGCCUGAUAAUGCUAAACUGGUUAGUAUCAAAGUUUUUAGACCCAAAAAUAAUCUGAAUACCGGUACUUUUUUUAAAAAAAAAAAGGUGUGUACGUACAUAGAGGAAAACAAAAGUAAAUCAGCAACCUGUGUGGAUUUGUCAACAAGAGAUCACACGGCCCAAAUCAGCCCGGCUUCCUCAUUUCACAAGCUAGCGCACAUUCUGAAGCUGAGAUACUAAGACCUGAUCUAGUUAUACAAGACAAAUUAUGAAAUAAGCUGGAUAAUCAUUAGCCAAGAAGCAGCUCCAUUAGGCAACUUGUCCAAUGACUGGCCCACGGCUAAUUUCCUUCCACUGUGCUACAAUGAUAGCAAUCCUAUACAUAUCCAGUCAGGAGGAAGUCCUAUUGAUUUCAACGGCAUUUACUCUCAGGUAAAUGGGUACAGCAUUGCACCACAAGCCAUGGUUCUCAGUCACUGUCAAAUUAAAACUCUUCCCUGGGUUAAAAGUUAAUUCUAUGGGGCCUCUGCACAUGGUCCAACCAUUUCUGACCUCUCUAAGAGUUAUCACAACAACAGUAAGGUAAACGUAAAUGUAAAGGGACCCCUGACCAUUAGGUCCAGUCGUGACCGACUCUGGGGUUGCGGUGCUCAUCUCGCUUUAUUAGCUGAGGGAGCCGGCGUACAGCUUCCGGGUCAUGUGGCCAGCAUGACAAAGCCGCUUCUGGCAAACCAGAGCAGCGCACAGAAACACAGUUUACCUUCCCGCCGGAGCGGUACCUAUUUAUCUACUUGCACUUUGACGUGCUUUUGAACUGCUAGGUUGGCAGGAGCAGGGACCGAGCAACAGGAGCUCACCCCGUCACGGGGAUUCGAACCACCGAUCUUCUGAUCGGCAAGUCCUAGACUCUGUAGUUUUAACCCACAGCGCCACCCGCAUCCCAGCACAACAACAGUAGAUAUCACAAAAGUCCCCACCCCCCGGUUUUUUAAAGCAUAAUUGUGCUGCUGCAGAUCCAAAGCAAGCUUCUGCAGUAUUUGACAGAGUUGUAUCAAUUAUUAACAUGCCUUCAUAGUUACCCUUAAGUCAUGAAGAUUAGAAGCAAAUACCCAGAAUGGCAGUGAGUGUACCCAACCUGGAACAAAAAAAGAAAAAGGGGGGCAAAAGGUGGUGUAGCAAGUCUCAUUCCGCUACAAACAGCUGCCCUACCAUGAGCUGAAUAGUUUGACAGUGCACAGGAGAACUAUAACAUAUUCCAGAAUACCAGAACAAAGAAAUACCCUUGUCAUUUUGAACUAACAGUUCACCAGAGGCUUUGAAGAAGACUAAAGUUAAGGGGGGAAGACAUCCAAAACGAACACAAGAGUACUGCCAAAAAAGGUAUAAGAUUUUAAGCUGUGACUCACAUAUUUCUGCAUUUUCUUUUCUUUUCUUUCUUUUUAAAGCGCAGUUCACAAGGCUGGCUAAGGCAUCCUCAAGUUUGUGUGUCUGUGUUUUUUUUAAGCUACAUGGGGGAAGGGGAGUGAAGACUCUUGGGAUUUUGAAGAGAAUAGAAAGCAGACACACAGAUGCUGAAGGAAUUGAAAACAGACAUCAGAGCAGGCUAUGAAAGGGGACUACAAAAGAGAGAAAGAGAGAGCGAAGCCAGCCAGAUCCGGAACAAGCCAACAGCGGACACACAAACUUUUAAAAGAACACAUGCUUGCAUCGUUGAUACAGGAGGACAAAGAGCUCGCCACUCACAAAAUGGUGGGGUACGCUCUGACUUUCUGCACUUAUCGUCCUUUUGCCAACUCCACUGAAACUGAAGCAGCGUAGGGAAGCUGCUUUAUAUUGAGUCAGAACUUCCCUUUGUCUUGCUCAGUCUCUUCUCCAUGGACCGGCAAAGCAGCACUCCUGGUUUCUUUCCCAGGUGGGCCUACCCUGAAGAUGCUGAGGAGACAGGGACUUGAGACCUCCUGCAUCCAAGGCAAAUGCUGUACCCCUGAGCUUGCAGCUAUGGUUCUGUGCAUCUUCAUGGUCAAAGCAAGCACACAACAUCAGCAGUGGGAGUAUUCACUCUCUCUCUCCCCGCCCCAUUUAAACAGAGGGCAAACCAUUGGCUGGGGGAAACCCAGCCGGAUAGGCAGGGUUUAAAUAAUAAAAUUAUUACAGUG